AUGGCGAUGGCAGUGCUCAGCUCGCGAGCCCUGGCGUCCGCCAUUAUCGCGUACCAGCAUGGCUGCUCGCCACGCGAGGCCAUCGCGCGCGCUAGCGCCUUCCGCAAGCGUGGCAGCUUCUAUGUUCCGCCAGGCUCUAGCAGACACUACGGCUGCGACGCCCUCUGCCUGCCGCCCGGACCGAACUUCGAUCCUCGCUUUCCGCUGCAUUGGGCCAUCCUUCGUGGCCAUGCACCGCUGGUCGCGUACAUUGUCGACUACCAUCGACCGAUGGCGUCGGCCGAGGCUAUCGACUGCGCGUUCGUCACCGGCCGUGUGGCGAUCGUCCACCAUCUGCUCGAGCAGCGAGCUCGCGUCGCCGAGCUGCGCACGUGCUUUGAGCCGAUCGAUGCAACCGCUGCGGCGCCUGCGACCGAGACGUCGUGGAACCUGCCGUCGCGCAUCGUCAGACAUGACGAUCCAACGCUCUAUGCCCUCCUCGCCACGUACUCGCAGAGGGGCUGGUCCCACGAGGCGCUCACGCUCGCGAUCCAGACCCACAAGAUGCGCAGCUUCGAGUGCUUCGUCGCCAACCUCGUUGAUGUGGCCGCGAAGCAUGGCGACUUGGGCCUCACGAUGCGCCUGUAUGCGGACGGCGUCGGCGCCACGCCCCGCGCGCUCGCCGAGGCUGCAGCCAGAGGGCACCUCGAGAUCGUGACCUUUCUCACACGCCAGUGCCCCAAGACCAUCUCGAGCGAAGCGCUCGAGCGCGCGCUCUCGAAUCUCCGCACGGACGUCGCACUCCACCUGCUCGCGUGCUGCCCGAACCUCGUCUGCUCGAUGGCGAGCGUCACCACGAUUCUCGUGCAAGGGUGCAUCGACCUCGUUGCGGGUCUCAUCGCACACCGUCCGAUUCGCCCGGCCGCGUUCGUCAUCGCCCGACUCUUUGCGCUGCGUCGAUUGGACGUUCUGCUCGCGCUGGCGGCGGCGCGAUGCAUUGAGUGGACGCCCUCGAUGGUCGCGCUGGUCGUCCGACAGAAUGCGGACGACGAGCUGCUAUCGCUCGUGGCUGCGUGUCCCGAGAUGCGCUGGUCCGUCUGCGUCUCGGCGCUGCUGAGCUUUUCGCCGUCGGUGGCGCGGCGCUGCUUUGAAGACUCCGACUUUGCGUACGACGAUGCGUUCGACCAUGCGAGUGUGCUCUCGCUCAUGCGGCUGCUGCCCGAGAUUGCGUGGUGGAACCCAGACGUGUGGUACGACGUCGCCCUCCAAACGACCAAGCGCGACGAGGUCGGGGCGUACUUGCUGGCGCUAAGCACGGGCCGCGUAUCGUCCGAGACGGUCGACUUGACGUACGGCGGCGUCACGACCAUGUCGUUUGGCGACGCGCUCUGGCUCGACCUCCCCACGCUGCUGACGGCGCUUCGGCGCGCGUACCCGGCGCUUCUGGACGAGCAUUUCCUCGACUGCAUUGCCGCCAGCCGCAAUUGGUUGCACCCAGACGUCCUACGCAAGCUCGUGCGCUGGUGGUGCCACCAGUAUACCGGUCGCGCCUACGACGACAUCUUGUCGACACGGGGGCUCGCGUUUGUGUGUGCAUGA